AUGGGAGCAGUCGAGGAUGCAGUGGAUGCUGCCGCCAACUUCAUCGGCCCUUUCGUCGACAAGAAUCGCAAGUACAGUGCCGAGGUUCCCACUGAUACUCUGGUUGAACAAGCGCUCGUCCAUCUGCAGGCCAUCAACACUGCGGACCUAGCUGCAGAUCCAAAUGCGCCCUACGAUGCGUCGCUCGCUGGCGUCGUAUACGGCCUCGUGGAUCUCGUCACUAUUCUUGCAGUAGUUCCCCGUUUGUCUUCUGGCGUUGCGUUCAGUCAGCGACCAAGAUCAGUCUUGACCGCCGUAAUCUUCACACCACCGAACCACAACUUGGAGGCAUUAGCAACAGUCAUCGAGGCUUUGCUGCCUAUGCUGGAGCAGAAAGGUUCUGGUCUACAACCAUUACUGUCUCAAAGGAUCCUCCCAGACAUCAUCUCUGCACUCGUUGAGCUAUCUUACUCUCCUACAACCUCUGAGAGCUCGAAGCUGAAGUACUCGAAAGUGUUUGAGAGGAUCAUGAAAGACACUCCGACAUCUCGGCUUCUUCCUAUCUUGACCACGUUUCUCCAACAGCCUCUCCCUACCUGGCUUAAACCUGCUAUCGCCUCAGAGCUCUCUUCGAUACCUCUCCGAACCCAAGGCAUUCGCCACACCAUCGAAUUCCUUUCUCUAUCAUACUUGUCAAAAAACUCUCAUGUACCCCAAGGUGCAUCUGGCCCUCAGUCACAGAUACCAAUCCCCUUAGAAGCGGUCUCACAAGCUUCGAAGUUGCUAGUUUUACCGCCGAGCGGUAUCAGCCAGGAUGAAUGGCUGAUGAAAAUCUCCCCUGAGUUGCUACAUCUCCUAGAUGGUAAAGAAGGUAAAGAGCUCAGUCGGGCGGCUGGGCAGAUCAUCGCUGGUGGGAUCUUAAGUAAGAAAACGACCGGUGCUCCAGGAACCACGGGAUGGGAGACAUUCGCGAAGCCGUUGUUCCAAGCAAUCUUCCCGAAGAACGUCAGUCCGCCAAAAUCAUUGCAACACAAGUCAGAUCAGACUAUCGUACAAGAGGACGAUCUCAAAAUAGCAUUGAGACGACUGAAGACGAUCAUGUCAUCAUACUCUCAUGGCGGACUCAUCAGACGCCUUAUUCACCCUAUUAUUCUCCCACUUUGGGCGGUGCUUAACUACGCGAAGGACCGGACUUCGCUAGACAAAGAAUGGAGCAUGCUUCCGAGCCUCAUCUUGUCGCGAUAUAUGGAGAUUGCCUGUGAUACGAAACAAAUCGACAACAUCGCCACCAACCUCUUCUGGGAUGGUGAUACAGCCUGGACAUUCGGACCUGGCUCUCAAGGUGGUGUCGAGAUACGCACUCGCUCGAAAGACAAGACUGCAGAGAUGGGGCCUAUGGAAAGCAUAUUUGAGCGGAUCAGCGACCUGGACAAUAGAGUCACCGUCCUUGUUACACUUUUUACCGAAGCUAAUAUUUCCGACGACACGGCUGGUUCCAUCUUCGUGAACGCUACAAAACGAUGGCUGGUACCAAACAAACUUACAACGAAGUCGCUUACAGACUACGACUCUGAUGCCGAUCCGCUGUCGGCCCUUGUUGAUGCAAAACUAUCAGAAGCUUUGGCGCAGCGUUUCCAGGAGCAUUUUGCCAGGAGUCCACAGCACAUCAUCGAGCUCAUGGCACAACUGAUUCAAAACCACGUGAGCGAGCACAAGACACGAGUCGAGAAGUCAGGCAAGCUGCGUAUAUCGAAAAGAGCGAUGCUGAACAACAUUGUAUUGAAACAAGAUCCGGCGAAGGGGAGGGAAGAUGGGGAGGCUACAGACGAAGACUUGGUGUCGUUUGCACUGAGUAUCUUGAUCACCCUACUAGGAUCGUCGGACCUCAAAAAAACGCCCUCACUAACAGAAACCCUACAUGAACUUCUUCCAUCGCUAGCAUACCUUUCGCAGCCGCAGCCUCAGGCCCAGCCGCCCAUAUCGUCUAUGACAAGCAACUCCGCCACCACGGCUCUUCAUCUCAUCGCUCCUACUCCUACAUCCACACCAUCAAUAGCAAGACCAACAACAGACCCACUGACUGAACAUCGUGACAUGUUAAAGACCUGCUUAACCGAAUUACAAUCACCAGAUCCUCCCAACCGCACGUGGGCUUUGAACACAGUACACAAGCUGCUCAACGAUCCAUUUUCGUUUCCGGCCCUCGACAUACCAUCUCUCACGCACACGAUCCUUUCGGCUUCACUAGCAGAUCCAGAGUCUUACGUUCACCUAGCUGCAAUACCCGUCCUCGUCACCUUGGCAAUGCGAGCUCCAAAUCCCGUGGUUGGUAUACUAGUCGAUGCAUUCAUUGACAUCGACGAGCGAUCCCUGAAGCUAGCGCGAGGGAAACAAACCGACGAGAAGGAAAGAGAGCUAAGGGACGCUUUGGACUUCAGACUACGCGUUGGAGAAGUCCUCAGCACCUUUGUCAGCAGCGGCGACAACUUCUGGGACGUACCUGAACAUAGCGGACUGCAGUAUCGGUGCGCCAAACGGAUUGUCGAAGCUUGCCUUUCGUUGGCGAGUCGGCGUGGUCAACGUAAUCAAACGCUAUCGGCACGAACAGAAGUCGCGGACAACGAACGGAAGAUCAGAGAGGAGGGUGAGGCUGCUUGGGGCGGGCCGAUACCUAAUAUUCUUGAGCCUGAGGGCGCGGAUCCACAGCAACAGGCGGAGUAUGAGGCGCUGCAGAAGAUUGUGGGUGGGUGGGAAGAUACAGGAAUUGAGGAGGAUGUUCGUAUUCGCGCAUCUGCUCUCAGUGUGCUGUCUGCUGUUUUGGAACAUCGAUCGGAUGUUUUGCGCCAACCCAUGAUCGAUGCGACGUUGCAGAUGGUGCUAUUGAUUUUUGUCAUGGAGAAAGAAGAGGCUAAAGCUUUGUUGCGCCGCUCGGCUGUGCUUGUCAUAAUGGGUUUACUACGCGGUAUUGACGUGGGGAUUGAGAGUGGACGGGACAGUGCGGUCGGUUUGGACUUGAAGCAACAGGGAGAAGUCGAGCGAAUAGUGAAAUGGGUACGAGAUGAGGAUGCAGAUGAGCUCGUAAGAGACCAUGCAGCAAACGUUGCAGAGGGUCUCGAAACGAUAAGGAUGAAGAAGCUGUAUAAGAUCAGAGACGAGGGUCGGAGGCUAGGACCUGAUCUUGGGCUCGAGGGAAAUCUUCGAGGGCUCAAUGUCCAGCCUCAAACUCAUGACAAACAGGGCAAGAAGAAGAUGAUCAUAGAAGAGAUAGAGUAG